AAGCAGAAACUGAGUUCUCUUGGCCUGCCGCGAGGAGACCCGCGUCCUGCCCCCACCCCAGGUGGGUAUCUGGGAUCCCUACACGCCAGGAGUCAGGUCCCCAAGCCCAGCAGGAGUGAAAUCCCCAGGGCCUGUGAACGUGGCCCUCUCAACGCCACGGCCUGCCGGGCCUGCAUUCCCGCCGGCGCCCCCGCCCUACCGCUCCGCAGCAAACGGGGCUAUUUCCGGCUCCCCCAACAUGGUCUGGUUUUCCUGCCUGGGAGUGGCUGGAGGGGGAGCCGCCCCAGAGCUAGAGCCGCUCCCUGCCCUGCCCGGAGCCCCAAUGGCCCUGAGCGCCUUGUUACCUGAUCUUUUGUGUGAUGUAUGUGUCGCAAGGAAAUUUGCAGUGACUUUGGAGCCCAGACUGAGGAAGCGGAGGUGGCGAAAGGAGAGACAAUACGGGCCCGAAGUACAAUUAAGGGGCCAGAGCCGCUCGUCUCUCCCCCGCCCUCCUUGCCCGACUGCGAGCUGUCUGGCCUCAAACCUCAGGGCGACACGCGAACCUGGAGCCGGAAACUCAGCCCGUGGCAGAGGGAGUCAGAGGACUCUGCAUCCAGAAAACAGAAGCAAAGCGCCCUUCCAACUUGGGGGCGCCUUAACCAGCCCCGCUGAGUUGCAGAGAACCCAAUGAAUGAAAGUGCAAAUUCCGCCGUUUUUCCCGAUUUUUUUUCCAGCCUUGGGAAGGAGAGCUCAGGGUUUGGGGCGUCUCAGACAGAAAGGCAAACCGCAUCUCCUGAGGCAGACAGACCCACAACAUGAGUGUGAGCCUGAGAUCACAUACAGGUUCAACAUUUUCCGAGGCCUCUUUGCCAGGCCCGGCGGGCGCCGAUCUCCCUACCUUCUCUCCCUCCAGGGCCUCAGGCAGAGAGACCCAGAAGACUCGGUCCCUCUGGUUUGGUCCAAUCCCGCUUCAGAAGCGCCUUCGUUACCUGCUCCUCCGCUCCCCACGGCCAUAGAUGCAGGACAGCCGCCUCCCGCCUGGGGAGGGAAGCCCCGGCCACCACUGCCGCCGCCGCCCGCCCUCCUUCCCUCCCUCCCUCCUUCUCGCCCUCCCUCUCUCUCCCUCCCUCGCGCGCUGCCGCUCGCGGGGCCCUCCCGCGGGCAACCUGCUCUGGACCAAAUCCAGGUAUCUCCGAAAGAGAGAAAAAAGAAAGGACCUCUUACGUGGAAAAGAAAAGAAAGAAAGACCGUCCAUUGCAUUUAUUUUUCAUGUUGUGACCAUUGGUCGGCAUCAGUUCAGACGUCCCGGACUCGGCCCGGCAGCUGCAGAGGUGUGCAAGGCCUGCUGCCUCGCCCACGCUGACCACCGCGCCCGGUGCGCCGCGUGCUCCACACUUUGGGCCGCCGCCCCCACGGCAGCCCAAACACCCAGCGGACCUCAAGGUCCUUUCUACAGACUCAACAUCCGGUUGCCCGCCUCGCCGCCGGCCACAGCCCGGGAGCCCGCUCUGCUCUGUCUGCGGCCAAAGUCCAUACACAAUCCACCUUGUCGGUGCUCUCGCGCCCUGCCUAGACACCCCUCCUGGCCACGCAGCCGUCCGGGCCACACUCGGGCUGCGGCCCGGCCCAGGACUUCGAACCUCGCCCCCUGCGCGACCCACACAAAGCCCUGAGCCCUGGCGUUGCCACCCGCAGCCCCCAGUCCCCGCUGCCGCCGCCUUCUUCACCUGUUCUCGGGAAGGGCUGCAUCUCCGAGCCGAAGCCAGGCCGUGGGCCGGGGCGAGGUCCCAGAGAGGCCACAGCGGAUCUGUCAGGCUGAGCCGGAACCCCAGCAGCCGACGAGACAUCUCAGAGACCAAGGCUCGCCUUGGCGAGCUCUUGCCUUUUCCUCCUCUCGCAAGUCUCAAACACUCACACACUGAGAGUUCAGCUCUAUAAAUCCUGCUCCUCUUUCCCAUAUCAUAAUUAA